UCAGCCAACCUCCUCAAACAUCAAUCAGAAACACAGACAAAAAUGAAAAUGAGGUUUUGGGUUUUGCCAAUUCUCUCCUUAUUGCUCUCCUCACUCCAAGAAGGCUCAGCUGAGCAGUGUGGAAGGCAAGCUGGUGGUGCUCUGUGCCCAGGUGGGCAGUGCUGCAGCCAGUUUGGCUGGUGUGGCACCACCAAUGAUUACUGCACCAACGGCUGCCAAAGCCAAUGCACCGGCGGCGGAGGCGGAGGCGGCGGUGGCCGUGGAGACAUUGGCAGUCUCAUCUCAAGUUCUGCGUUUGAUAAUCUGCUCAAGCAUCGCAAUGAUGGUGGCUGCCCUGCCAAGGGCUUCUACAACUAUGAUGCUUUCAUAGCCGCUGCAAAGUCCUUUUCAGGCUUUGCUACCACUGGGGACACUGACACACGCAAAAGAGAGAUUGCUGCUUUCUUAGGCCAAACAUCCCAUGAAACUACUGGGGGAUGGGCAAGUGCACCUGAUGGCCCAUUCUCUUGGGGAUAUUGCUAUCUCAGGGAGCAAAACCCUGGAUCAUACUGUGCUUCGGAUCCCAAUUACCCUUGUGCUUCUGGCAGGCAAUAUUAUGGCCGUGGUCCUAUCCAACUUUCAUGGAACUACAACUAUGGGAGGUGUGGAAAAGCCAUAGGGGUGGAUCUACUGAACAACCCGGACCUUGUAGCCACUGACCCGGUCAUUUCAUUUAAGACAGCACUCUGGUUUUGGAUGACACCACAGUCACCAAAGCCAUCCUGCCACAAUGUCAUCACAGGAAGAUGGAACCCGUCUGAGGCCGACAAGUCGGCCGGUCGGAAUCCCGGGUAUGGUGCCAUCACGAACAUCAUCAAUGGCGGCCUCGAGUGUGGGAAAGGAUGGAACGCUAAGGUGGAGGAUCGAAUCGGGUUCUAUAAAAGGUACUGCGACAUACUUGGUGUUGGCUAUGGGAACAACCUUGACUGCUACAACCAGAGGUCUUUUGGGAAUGGUCUCUUGGUGGACACAAUGUAGGCCAAUCGAUGACUUUCUGGAUAUAGUUUCACUGAUGGGAAUAAUGGUUCUUUGGUCAAUGGGUGGUUGAUCAAGGAUUCGAUUAGAGGAUGUGUAAAUUUUCUGCAAUAUAUGCUUUUGUGAAAUGAGAAAUUAAGUAAAAAUAAGUGGAUUGCUGAAGUUAUAUUA